AUGUUAUUGCUCGUAUACAACGCUUUGCUGAUGAUAUUCCUCUUCCUCCUGAAUAUACCGUCUUAUUCGAAAAAAGUCGCGUCUGAGUUCCUAUAUAUGAAGGCAGGCGUCGCGCAAGUGCUAUCUGAAUCUCAUAUACCGUGUCUUCAGUGUAUUGAUAAUGGUUAUCAUCCUGCAUUUCCAUUCGGCCUCCCGAUGUUCCAGCAAGUCGUCAACAGCCUAUGGUACAAUGUAAUCGGAACUAAGGCGUCGCCACCAACUACCAUGCCAUUGAAGUUACAACAUUUGAAUACGAUGAAUAUUUCACUUGGUGAGAAUGUGCUGGUAAACAUUUGCAUUCAGAAGAUGAAGAAUAUUUCGUUGCUUGGCCAGGAGUUCUUUAGUGAACAGAAGAAAUGUCGCAGCUCAAUUGUGCGGUUGACGACAUCUCCAAAUUCCCUGGUCAGAUUGAAUACAUAUUUACUUGUCAUCAAGAUUGGUAGAAUCAAAAGUGUCAACGUUUGGUUUUUUAAAAAGAUUUGUGACGCCAUUCUGUCAGAAUUAAGCGUUAUUUGGAUAAGGUCUGAAUUUGUGGUGAAUUCUAUUAUCAACGAAUACUUUUAUCAAAAUAAACUUACAGAGAGCGAUAUUACAAUUUCCAACGAAAAAAAUCGUGGAUAA